AAAACAGGUAAGAGAAAGAAGAAGAAACCCCCCCUAUAGCUAGCUACUGCAGAGAAGUAGCGACUAUUUUUUUAAGGACUUUAUCAUGAGUUAUGCAGAGAAGCCGGAGGACAUAACGAGAGAAGAGUGGAUGGAUAAACUCAACAACGUCCACAUUCAGAGAGCUGAUAUGAACAGGCUAAUAAUGAACUACCUGGUCACAGAGGGUUUCAAGGAAGCAGCAGAGAAGUUUAGGAUGGAGUCUGGAAUAGAGCCCAGCGUGGACUUGGACUCAUUAGAUGAAAGAAUUAAGAUCAGAGAGAUGAUAUUGAAGGGACAGAUCCAAGAUGCUAUUGCGCUCAUCAACAGUCUACACCCAGAACUGCUGGACACGAAUCGUUAUCUCUACUUUCACCUACAGCAGCAGCAUCUCAUUGAGCUGAUUCGUUUGAGGGAGACCGAAGCCGCACUCGAAUUUGCCCAGUCCCAGUUAGCAGAGCAAGGGGAGGAGAGCCGAGAAUGUCUGACUGAGAUGGAGAGGACGCUGGCCCUUUUGGCAUUUGACAACCCAGAGGAGUCUCCCUUUGGAGAUCUGCUUAAUAUGAUGCAGAGGCAAAAGGUGUGGAGUGAAGUGAACCAGUGUGUCCUUGACUAUGAAAACAGAGAAUCAACACCCAAACUGGCCAAGCUCCUGAAGCUACUCCUGUGGGCUCAAAAUGAACUUGACCAAAAGAAAGUGAAGUAUCCCAAAAUGACUGACCUCAGCAAGGGCACCAUUGAAGACCCAAAAUAAGGACUUAAAGUGAAAAAGUGCAAAUGCAAAAUGAACACAUUUCCUUCAUCUAUUUAUAACCCAAGAAACUGACUUGUUUAGAGUACCUUUUGUUUUUUGGAAGGGUUGCUUUUUGAUACUUUAAUCAUUCAGAAUGUGGAGAAAACUGAAUCUGUUGCAUUUUAAAAUAACUUCUCACCAAAAUAACAUGCAGAGCAUUAUUACAAUUGGUAUUGUAAUUUACAUAUUUGUUUAUGUAAAGGUGGUAUGUUUCACUUUAUCAGUUUUUCUGUCUGUUGGCAGGGAAAGAUGGUGGCAUAGGGGCAUGUGAAUAAAGCCUAAAUUAGGUUACUCUUCAUGUGACCACUUUUGAGGGGGCUGGGUUUGAUCAAGUAAAAUUGUUGGCUUAGUAUGGACUAUUUCAAUAAACUUAGAUCUUCCUUUAAAACAUAUACCCAAUUCAACUGGCGGGAUUUCAGUUUGUAUUGUUUUGUGAUGGCAAAAGUUAAAACUGGUGACUUUGAAUAUUUCAUGCUAUUGUGUUUUGUGAUUACUCAUGAUGCAUUAUUGCUUGAGACACUCGAGCUGCUUACGGAAACAAGAGCAUAGAAGAGAAAACUUUUUAACAAAGUUAUUGUAUCAGUUGGUUGGAGAAAGUAACGUUACUGGAGCACUGGAAAACUGGCAGCAUGAGCUUGAAAGCAAAUUAUAUUUAAAUAUGUGAAUGGGUAACUGCUUUCAGACAUGGUGACACUUUUACAGAUGGAUUUACAGUUGUAGCUCUGGAUUUUUGUGCAUUUUUCUGGUACAUUUUUAAUAAAAGUGAUUUUUUUUUUUUUU